AAAAAAUACGUGUUCAAUGAAUCUCAAAGAAUAAAACAAAAUUAAUUUUAAUUAAAUAAAAACCGUGUGUACUGUCUCUGUAUUUGAAUCUGUAUUCUGUAACUUUCGACGUUUCGUCUCCUCUGUUUCGGGCAGUCUCUUCUCCACUAGGAGAAACAUUUACUUUGGACAUAUCUGCUAAAGUUGCAAUCUUUUUGCUGCAAAUUGGAUCUGGGGACUGGUUAAUUCCAGUUAGGGGUUUGGAAUCGCGUUGAGGAAAAACCCCUGUUGAGCAUUUGGGCUGUCGUUUGACUGAAUUCCAGUUCCAAGGUGAAAAUGAUUGCGAGAAAAAGCAUGGGGCGUGCUUCGCCCUUUCUGUUGGUGUUGCUGGCUUUCGGCUUCUUCAUUGCAACUUAUAAUCUGUUAACUUUGGUGAUGCACAAGACCAGUAGAAAUGUAACUGGGGUGUUAAAUGAUCCAGUUAUUAGGAGGCCCGAAGUGUCGGGUGAGGUAGGUGGACCGAAGUUCCAUGUGGCAUUAACGGCCACAGAUGCUCCUUACAGCAAAUGGCAAUGCCGGAUUAUGUAUUAUUGGUACAAGAAAAUGCGGGAUGCACCAGGUUCAGAUAUGGGAGGUUUUACUCGGAUUUUGCAUUCGGGAAAUUCUGAUAAUUUGAUGGACGAAAUCCCAACUGUCAUUGUGGAUCCUCUUCCAGACGGUCUUGAUCGGGGUUACAUUGUUUUAAACAGACCUUGGGCUUUCGUGCAGUGGCUGGACAAAGCCACCAUCGAGGAAGAAUACAUUCUAAUGGCGGAACCUGAUCAUAUAUUCGUUAACCCGUUGCCAAAUUUGGCUGGUGAAGAUCACCCGGCCGCAUACCCCUUUUUCUAUAUAAAACCGGCUGAGCAUGAGAAAAUUGUGAGAAAAUAUUAUCCUGAAGAAAAAGGCCCGGUGACAAAUGUCGAUCCAAUUGGCAAUUCUCCAGUAAUUAUCAAGAAGUCGAUUUUGGAGAAAAUUGCACCCACAUGGAUGAACGUCUCCUUGCAGAUGAAAGAUGAUCCCGAGACUGAUAAGGCUUUUGGUUGGGUCCUAGAAAUGUAUGGUUAUGCAGUUGCCUCUGCUUUGCAUGGAGUGCAACAUAUUCUUCGUGCGGACUUCAUGCUACAGCCACCAUUUGAUUCAGAAGUUGGGAAGAAGUUCAUCAUCCAUUAUACAUAUGGUUGUGACUACAACAUGAAGGGGGAACUAACCUACGGCAAAAUUGGAGAAUGGAGAUUUGACAAGAGAUCGCACCUUCGUGGUCCGCCUCCUAAAAAUAUUUCACUACCUCCUCCAGGUGUCCCUGAAAGUGUGGUAAGGCUUGUGAAAGCUGUGAACGAGGCAAGUGCACAUCUUCCAAACUGGGAGACAACAUAGGUGAUAUUGGCUCUGAGUUUAUUAUGCUCCAUCUUUGAUCAUUUUUGUGAAUUCGAGGAUCUAUUUUACAACAAAACACUUACUCUGGAAUGGUAAAAAUAUACGAAAAUGUGAAGUACAUGGGGAAAAGAUACACAAUAGAAGAAGAUAUGGGUUUUUCUUUCUGUCAUAGGUUGAUCCUUUUUCUGGGCCCCACUCAUGCUGAUAUGUUCCUAUAUCCAUACGUUUUUGUACUCUCACUUGCUUCGAAAACUUGGAAACUCAACUCAUGCACAGCUAUUGUAACAUUACACAGCUGAUUUCCAUAUUUGAGGUGUUGCUUUUAGGGUUAUAUGUGCUGAGAGCCACACAUUCUCCCUGUACAAUUUAUUUCCUUUGUUUUAAUCCUUUGCAUGGUUUGAAAUAAAAAUUGUGUGGAUUCAGAUAAUUCUGCUGCUAUUUUUGUUU